AUGACGCCAGACCCUCAACCAUCUUCGAAUCCUCACGAGAACAUUGAAGCAGAUGAUAACCAUAGCGACGCAGACUCCGCGUUUGCGGGCUCGAUUGGUGAUGCCAGUUACACCUCGUCCAUCUCAGCCAGCGUGAGGAACUACGUAUAUGAGAAUGGACGGCGAUAUCAUGCUUUCAAGUCGGGAGAACAUUUAUUGCCCAACGAUGAACGUGAACAAGACCGGAUGGACUUGGCGCAUCAUAUCUACCUCAUGCUUACUGGGGGCAAACUAUAUCUUGCCCCGAUUGUCAACCCGCAGCGGGUUCUUGAUCUAGGAACUGGCACAGGUAAAUGGCCUCCCUUUAAUACUGUCGGGCUUAGCACGUGUUCCGGACUAAUUUCAAUUAUUUUCACAGGAAUCUGGGCUAUUGACUUUGCAGACGAGCAUCCCAACGCAUUUGUGAUAGGAAAUGACUUGAGUCCCAUCCAACCAUCAUGGGUCCCACCCAAUCUCCAGUUCGAGGUCGAUGACUUCGAGAGCGAUUGGUCCUACUCGCAACCAUUCGACUUCAUCCACGGACGGGAGAUGGAAGGCAUGGUGAAGGACUUUGAUCGCCUGUUUGCCCAGACCUACAAAUACCUGCGACCGGGAGGCUGGGCCGAGUUCCAGACGAUCGAGCUCAACUGUUUCUGCGACGACGAUUCGCGAACCAAGGCGGCGGCGUGGGUCGCGUGGUCGAACAACCUGCACGAGGCGGCCCGGAGAUUUGGGAAGAACAUGCGGACGGUGCGCACGUGGCCGGAGAGGCUGAAGCGGGCAGGAUUUCAGAACGUGCAGACGGUUGUAUAUCCGUUACCAUUCAACCCCUGGCCCAAAGACCCCAAGCUAAAGGAAAUCGGCCGCUACCAACAACUGCACAUGUACGAGGGCAUGACAUCGUACAGUCUACGCCUGUACACCAGCGUCCUCAACUGGAAGAAAGAGGAAGUCGAGGCCAUGCUAGAAGAGGUGCGGAAAGUCCUCAAGGACCGAACCUGCCACAUCUACACCAUGGUGCAUUUUGUCUUUGGGCAGAAGCCGGAGAACGCUACGUAG